AUGCCAUCUUUGGAAUAUGCUGACUUUGCCUUCAAUGAAUUAAGUGGGUCAUUGUCAAGAGAUAUUAGAAACAUGACAUCUCUUCUCAGAAUUGGCCUUGAAUUCAACAAUUUCACUGGCAAUAUUCCAAAGGAGAUUGGUCAUCUUAGGAAUUUCGAGCGCUUAAGCAUGUCUCGAAAUAUGUUUAGCGGAUCGUUGCCAAGAGAAAUUGGGAACUUAACAACCAUGUAUGGAUUGUUCCUUAACAGCAAUGCUUUAAGUGGUUUCAUUCCAAUAGAGAUUGGUCACCUUGUUAAUUUGAUAGAGUUACAAUUGGAAGUAAACAAUUUCAAUGGACCAUUGCCAGGAGAGAUUGGAAACAUGACAAACCUUCGCUACUGA